AUGGUAGCUGCUCCUUCCUCGCCAACAGCAGCAACACCAGCUCAGUUGAUCGUCGAUUUUAUGCGGCACGGAUGGAACCUACCGAUUCCAGAACUAAUUAUCUCUGUAACUGGUGGUGCACGAUUUUAUAAGAUCACAACGCCCGAACUGCGAACAGAGUUUCAAGACGGCUUAAUAUCCGCCGCACUAACAACCGAUCUCAUAUUGAAAUUGCGGGCGGAAAUUGAACGACAAGCAAGUGCGAUUAGUAGUCAAGGACAACCUCAUCAUAUACCAGUUAUACAAAUCUUAGCAGAAGGAGGUCCGUCAUCUGUGAAAACUGUUUGUGAAGCAUUAAACCAAAAUACCUAUCUCAUUGUCAUUGAGGAGACCGGUCGUGCUGCAGAUCUCAUAGCAAAGGAAUAUAAAACUAUCUAUGAGUCUCCAGGUGAAACUUCAGAACAAGAGAUUGCCCGAAAAUAUGCAGACUUUAUGGCGAGAUAUACGAAAGGUACAGAGGACCAGAUCAUUAAUGAGACGAAUAGAGAGCAAUUUAUAGAUAUAAUGAAACCGAGUAUUGCACAGUUUCACAUUAGUACAUUUAAAUUUGGAAACAAGAAAGAAAAGUUAAAUGAUGCCAUAUUGAAUGCGAUAAUGAAAGCAACCAAAUCAAAAGCUGGAAACACUAAAGAAAGCAAGAGGACGGAAGAUCUCAAACUGGCCAUGACAUGGAAGAAGUUUGAUUGGGUUAAUAAGAUAUUGGAAGAAAAACGAAUAGGAGUACGAUUCGGGCACGGUCUUGAUCUCAGUUUGUUAACUGCUCUGCGUCUCGCUUCCGUUGUGUUUAUAGAAAAAUUGACGGAGAAUGGUGCAUCCUUGUAUCAUUUAAAGAAACUGAUGAAAAUACGUGGUCUGUAUGAGCAUUCGCAAACUAUUCUUCCUCCACCAAAGAUUAAUAAACGAGAACGAAACGAGUUCGAACCCCAUCUGUCGGCUGUACCAGCAUUAUUUAAAAAUAGUAUUGUAAAACAGUUUGAAUAUUAUUACACUUAUCUAAAUAAAAACGCAUCAAAAACCGUAUUCUCAUCGAAGGUAGAACGUCAAACGGACUUAGAGUAUAUCUAUGGAAUUCUCGAUGACACGGAGAAUGCGCUUCUAGAUUAUAGUAACAAAGUUAUAUUUAACUCCGUUGACAUGAUCCUCAGAGACGGUUAUCUCAAUAGUAUUUCGAUUAAUUUUCAUGGUGAACCAGUUUCUCAUAAUCCUGAAAUAUGGAUCUAUAUUUUGACGGCUACAGCUAAUCCAAACGACUAUAUAAUAACGUUCAGACACCAAAUUCCACCUAGCGAUAUCAAGCCUUCAACUGGCAUACAAAACUUUAACCUUUCAAGCUCGGCAAUAUUCAUUACCAAUGGACAGUUUAUUGCUCUUCAUUUCGGGGUGCAAACAGGCUUUGUGUACAAUACAAAAGGACGAAAUCAAUAUUCAACUAUUCAGAGAGAAAAGAGUUCUAAAACGAAAACAACUUUAACGUUGGAAAAUCAAUCGAAGUUAGGAAUAGCUUUCAGCUUUAGUAUUAGUCCUCCAUCAGGCCUUUUGGAAGAACGCGAAGUUGGUUUAAAAGAACAAAAUCCAGUUAUGGAUAUUUCUACAGAGGACGUGCAAUUGUCAGAUUCUACUACAAUAUUGUAUGUACGUGUUACUGUACCUCUGCAAAUUGCCUGA